UUCUCUCACAAUUUUUUUUUUCAUUUCUUUGCAAAUACAAUACAAUACUGGUCCCUGUCUCUCAGUAUUAUUAUUGCCUUUAGCCCUAAAAAGAGGCCACUCAUAUCCUCUUCAUAAACCCACCUCUGCUACUCCCAGUACUCUUUUCAAUCAGAGAUUAAAUUUUUGUUUCUUUUGCAGUUUCCCCAUAUAAAAAAUUGAUACUAAAAAUUUUAACUUUGUUAUUAAUGGCACUAAAUUUUGACUGUGCUGUUUCAAGUUUGUUAUGUGCAGAGGAUGAUGUUAGUAUUUUUAGUGCAUAUGAUGAUUGUAAUGAGUUUGAGGAUUUUACUGAUAAUAAUAAGCAAGAUGGAGGGUUUGAUGAGGGUUUGUUAAUGGGGAUUCCAAUUCAGAGUGAUGAGUGUUUGAAUCUGAUGGUUGAGAAAGAGUGUCAAUAUUUGCCUAAUCUGGAUUAUUUGAAGAAAUUUAGAAGAGGGGAUUUGGAUUUGGGGGCUAGAAAAGAGGCUGUUGAUUGGAUUGAAAAGGCUCAUUCCCAUUUUGGCUUUGGACCACUUUGUGCUUAUUUAUCAAUAAGUUACCUGGAUAGAUUUCUCGCUGCGUAUGAAUUACCGAUGGGUAAAGCUUGGAUGAUGCAGUUAUUAGCAGUAGCAUGUUUAUCCAUUGCAGCCAAAAUGGAAGAGACUUACGUUCCGUUUUCUGUAGAUUUACAGGUGGCGGAAUCAAAAUUUGUAUUUGAAGCAAGAACUAUACAAAGAAUGGAGCUUCUUGUAUUAAGCACAUUAAGUUGGAGAAUGCAAGCAAUUACACCUUUCUCAUUCAUAGACCAUUUUCUUAAGAAGAUCAAUAAUGAUGAAACUCCAACUAAAUCCUUAAUCUUGCAAUCAAUGCAGCUCAUAUUAAGCACAAAUAAAGGGAUUGACUUGUUGGAAUUUAGGCCUUCAGAGAUUGCAGCAGCAGUGGCCAUUGCUGUUGUGGGGGGAAACAAAACAGUGGAUGCUGACCAAGCAAUUUCUGUUCUAGCUCAACAUGUACAAAAGGAAAGAGUGAUGAAAUGCAGUCAACUAAUUCAAGUUGGUGAGCCUAUAAAGAAUGGAAAUGUUACAGUCAAAUCUUCUCCUCAAAGUCCAAUUGGUGUUCUUGAUGCUGCAUGCUUGAGCUACACAAGUGAUGAAUCAAGUGGUGGAUCAUGUGCAAAUUCUUCACAAAUUACUCAUAAUGCCAAAAGAAGGAAGUUAAAUAGACCAUGGGAAGUUUAGUACAUGAAAUUUUACAACACAGAACCAUAUUAUAAAAAAUAAAAAAAUUGAAGCUUUUAUAAAAGUACUGCCAAAAAAAGUACAUGGCAAAUGAAGGCAGAAAGAGAAAAAAAUGAGGGAAACAGGAAUGAAGGAUGUAUUUGAGAAAUUAAUAAGUUGGAGGAGUGAAUCCAGACAAAAAGGAAAAUUGGAGGAGUCAGAAUGGUGGUGGAGGGGAAAUGGAAUUUCAUGCACUUGCCAUGAAUAUAAUGGACAAAGCUGUUAAAUUUAUACUAUUUAAGUUCUUAACAGCUACAGAUUCAGUAAUAGAGAAAAGGAAAAAAAUAUUUGCUACAAUUUUAAA